AUGGACCGUUACCGAGCCCAUUCUCUCUUCCAGCCUUCAUACCUGAACGCCGCAAUCGGUGCAGAGGGUCAUGAGGGAUCAAGCAAAGGGCCGCCGCAUUUGUUCGGUGCCAUGCUUGGUAUUCCGCAUACACAGAUGGCCCGAACCGUAGCUGUGCUUGGCUUUGACUUUGUCUUCGUGGACACUCUGCACGUUGCAACCAACCCAGAGAAUCUAGUUUCCGUUAUACAAACGAUCAACUUUGCCAGCGAGGGCAAGACCUGUGCGCUAGUUCGCAUCCCCAGCCCUGAAUCGGAUUUGUUGGCCUACGCUUUAGAUGCAGGUGCGGCUGGCAUAGUCUUUCCACAAAUCGAUACACCUGACCAGGCCGCUUUGGCUGUCAACAAGGUGCGCCACGCUUACAGUGGCGGAAGCAGAUCGGUUUCACCAAUUGCCUUGCUUAAUGGGAUAACAAAUAUUGCACCCGAUGGCUGGACGUCGGAGGCAAUUGCCGACAGGAACAUCGCUGUUAUUUGUCAGAUUGAGAGCACGGUUGCAGUAGAUAAUCUUGAUGCUAUCGCAAGGGUUCCCGGCGUGAACGCGCUUAUGCUUGGAGUUUCGGACCUCAAGGUCACACUUGGUCUCCCGGUUCGCAAUCCUGGUGGAGUGGAUGAGUCUAAGUUUUAUGAGGCUAUCUCCAAGUUGAUUGCGACUUCCAAGGAAACUGGGAUUCAGCUUAUGAUCCCUGCUUUUAGGAUGAAGCCCGAGGAUGUUGACUGGCUGAAGCAUUUCAAGCUGGUGAUGACUAGUCUGGAUAUUCUAUCUGUGCAGAAGAGUCAUCAGAAGGACCUUAAUGAAGUGAAGGAGGCUCUGGCUGUGCCAAAAUGGGCAUCCAACGGUAAGCCCAAUGGUAAAUCCAACGGGGUAGCGAAUGGGUCAACCCAUGGAGUAACCAAUGGUAAAUCCAACGGGAUGACCAAUGGGAUGACCAACGGGGUCACUCACCAGGCAUUGAAGGGGCAUUAA